AUGCAUCCUUCAAUGACCUCCACGAUCGCCUUUUCGAUCCCAUUUUCUCCCUAUGCCGAUGUUGCUGCCGAAAUGCCAUCUCCAAUCCCGGCCAACGGUGGUGUCCAGCCCGACCAGUGCCCUCACAGCGAGAUAUGUCAAUGUGCGGAAUGCCCCGGCUGCAAGAACUUAAUUUAUGUCUGGAAGACUGAGCAGUGUGCUGCAUGCUACAUGGACCACCCUGCCAUUGUUCAAUAA